GACCAGGGCAAAUGGACGCUACUCCGCAACGUCAACCAGGCCCUGAAGCCCACAACCAUUCUAGCGGGGGAUUAUGUGUGGAUGGACCUCAAAACCGGACGGGAAUUCGACGUCCCCAUUGGAGCGGUGGUUAAACUGUGUGACUCUGGACAGAUCCAGGUUGUGGAUGAUGAAGGCAAUGAGCACUGGAUUUCCCCACAGAAUGCCAGCCACAUCAAACCCAUGCAUCCUACCUCCAUCCAUGGAGUGGAGGACAUGAUCCGUUUAGGGGACCUGAACGAGGCGGGAAUCCUCAGGAACCUGCUGAUCCGCUAUCGGGAGCACCUCAUCUAUACAUACACCGGUUCAAUACUGGUGGCAGUAAACCCCUACCAGCUCCUACCCAUCUACUCACCUGAGCAGAUACGCCUGUACACCAACAAAAAGAUUGGUGAGAUGCCACCACACAUCUUCGCAAUUGCUGACAACUGCUACUUCAACAUGCAGCGCAACAACAAGGACCAGUGUUGUAUCAUAAGCGGUGAAUCCGGAGCAGGGAAGACAGAAAGCACAAAACUGAUUCUGCAGUUCCUGGCAGCCAUCAGCGGUCAGCACUCCUGGAUCGAGCAGCAGGUCCUGGAGGCAAAUCCCAUCUUGGAAGCUUUCGGGAAUGCAAAGACCAUCCGUAACGACAACUCCAGCCGAUUUGGGAAGUACAUCGACAUCCACUUCAACAAAAGGGGAGCCAUCGAGGGAGCGAAGAUUGAGCAGUACCUGCUGGAGAAGUCUCGGGUCUGCAGGCAGGCCCAGGACGAGAGGAAUUACCACGUGUUUUACUGCAUGCUGAGGGGAAUGACGAUGGAGCAGAAGAAGAAACUGGGUCUUGGGAAAGCCACGGACUACAACUACCUUGCGAUGGGCAACUGCACGACCUGCGAUGGCAGAGAUGACAGCAAGGAGUACGCCAACAUUCGCUCCGCAAUGAAGGUCCUUAUGUUCACCGACACGGAGAACUGGGAGAUCUCCAAGCUGCUGGCUGCCAUCCUGCACAUGGGAAACCUGCAAUAUGAAGCUCGGACCUAUGACAACCUGGAUGCCUGCGAGGUUGUUCAGUCGGCGUCGCUAAUCACUGCGGCAUCAUUGCUGGAGGUUGACUCUCAGGACGUGAUGAACUGCCUCACCAGCCGGACUAUAAUCACAAGGGGUGAGACCGUUUCCACCCCUCUCAGCAUGGAACAAGCGCUGGAUGUGAGGGAUGCUUUUGUAAAGGGAAUCUAUGGGCGGCUUUUCGUGUGGAUCGUGGAGAAGAUCAACGCUGCAAUUUACAGACCUCCUUCCCAGGAACUCAAAAGUGUCAGGAGAUCCAUCGGCCUCCUUGACAUCUUUGGCUUUGAGAACUUCACUGUGAACAGUUUUGAGCAGCUUUGCAUUAACUUUGCGAAUGAGAACCUGCAGCAGUUCUUCGUGCGCCACGUCUUCAAACUAGAGCAGGAGGAGUACAACUUGGAGAACAUCAACUGGCAGCACAUUGAGUUCACUGAUAACCAGGAUGCCUUGGACAUGAUUGCCAUCAAACCCAUGAACAUCAUCUCCCUCAUUGACGAGGAGAGCAAGUUCCCCAAGGGUACAGACGCCACCAUGUUACACAAGCUGAACUCCCAGCACAAGCUCAACACCAACUAUAUUCCUCCGAAGAAUAACUAUGAAACCCAAUUUGGCAUUAACCACUUUGCUGGAAUUGUUUACUAUGAAACAAAAGGUUUCUUGGAGAAAAACAGGGACACACUGCAUGGAGACAUCAUUCAACUGGUGCAUUCCUCAAAAAACAAGUUCAUCAAGCAGAUCUUCCAAGCAGAUGUGGCAAUGGGAGCGGAGACGAGGAAGCGCUCGCCGACGCUCAGCAGCCAGUUCAAGCGGUCCCUGGAGCUGUUGAUGAGGACUCUCAGCGUGUGCCAGCCCUUUUUUGUCCGCUGCAUCAAGCCUAAUGAAUACAAGAAGCCCAUGCUGUUUGACCGGGAGCUGUGCGUCCGUCAGCUGAGGUACUCAGGGAUGAUGGAGACCAUCCGGAUCCGCCGAGCCGGCUACCCUAUCCGCUACACGUUUGUGGAGUUCGUGGACCGGUACCGGGUGCUCAUGCCUGGGGUGAAGCCAGCAUACAAGCAGGGUGACCUGCGUGGGACGUGCCAGCGCAUUGCUGAAGCAGUGCUUGGGAAGGACGAUGACUGGCAGAUUGGCAAGACAAAGAUAUUCCUGAAGGACCACCACGACAUGCUGCUGGAGAUUGAGAGAGACAAGGCCAUCACGGACAAAGUCAUCCUCAUCCAGAAGGUGGUCCGUGGGUUUAAAGACAGGUCCAAUUUCCUGAAAGUGAGAAAUUCAGUCCUGAUGAUUCAGAGAUACUGGCGCGGACAUAACUGCAGGAAGAACUACGGUGCUAUGCGGAUCGGCUUCCUGAGACUGCAGGCCCUCUACCGAUCCCGCAAACUCCACAAGCAGUACCACAUGGCUCGCCGGCGGAUCAUCGAGUUUCAGGCACGAUGCCGGGGCUACCUGGUCCGUAGGGCUUUCCGCCACCGCCUCUGGGCUGUCCUCACCGUCCAGGCAUACGCCCGGGGCAUGAUCGCCCGAAGGCUGUAUAAGCGUCUCCGGGGGGAAUAUCAUCGACGCCUGGAAGCAGAGAAACUUCGGCUGGCGGAGGAGGAACGACUCCGAAAGGAGAUGAGUGCCAAGAAAGCCAAAGAGGAAGCAGAAAAGAAGCACCAAGUACGUCUGGCCCAGCUGGCGCGGGAAGACGCAGAGAGAGAAGUAAAGGAGAAGGAAGAAGCACGUCGGAAGAAAGAGCUCUUAGAAAAAAUGGAGAAAGCUCGCAACGAGCCAGUGAACGACUCGGAAAUGGUGGACAAAAUGUUUGGAUUCCUGGGGACGACCUCCUCCCUGCCUGGCCAGGAAGGACAGGCACCCAAUGGCUUUGAGGAUCUUGAGCGAGCUCAGAAGGAGCUGGAGGAAGAGGACCUUGAUGCAGCAUUACCUCUCCCUGAGGAAGAGGAGGAAGACCUGUCAGAGUACAAAUUUGCCAAGUUCGCCGCCACGUAUUUCCAGGGCACAACAACACACACCUACAUUCGCCGGCCUCUCAAGCAGCCUCUCUUGUACCAUGAAGACGAAGGAGACCAGUUGGCAGCACUUGCUGUAUGGAUCACUAUCCUCCGUUUCAUGGGAGACCUCCCUGAGCCGAAAUAUCACACAGCCAUGAGUGAUGGCGGCGAGAAGAUACCAGUGAUGACGAAAAUCUAUGAAACUCUUGGGAAGAAGACCUAUAAGAAAGAACUGCAGGCUCUGCAGGGAGAAGGAGAGAGUACUCACAUUGAUGGGCACAAGAAGAACAGUGUGCGGCACAAACUGGUCUCCUUAACGCUCAAGAAGAAAUCCAAACUGACGGAGGAGGUGACAAAGAGACUUCACGAUGGUGAGUCCACACUCCAGGGUAAUAGCAUGCUUGAAGACCGACCCACCUCCAACCUGGAGAAGCUCCAUUUCAUUAUUGGUAAUGGCAUCCUCAGGCCAGCCUUAAGGGAUGAAAUCUAUUGUCAAAUCUGCAAGCAGCUGACUCAGAACCCAUCCAAAAGCAGCCACGCCAGGGGCUGGAUCCUGAUGUCCCUCUGCGUGGGAUGUUUUGCUCCUUCUGAGAAGUUUGUGAAGUAUUUAAGGAACUUUAUCAACGGAGGUCCCCCGGGUUAUGCUCCCUAUUGUGAAGAGAGGCUGAGGAGGACGUUUGCCAAUGGGACAAGGACGCAGCCACCCAGCUGGCUGGAGCUGCAGGCAACCAAAUCCAAGAAACCGAUCAUGCUGCCUGUCACGUUUAUGGAUGGAACAACAAAAACCCUAUUGACUGACUCCGCAACAACCGCCAAAGAGCUCUGCAAUUCUUUGGCCGACAAAAUCAGCCUGAAGGACCGAUUUGGCUUUUCACUUUACAUCGCGCUUUUCGACAAGGUCUCCUCGCUGGGGAGUGGCAAUGACCAUGUGAUGGACGCUGUGUCCCAGUGCGAGCAGUACGCCAAAGAGCAGGGAGCGCAGGAGCGCAACGCGCCGUGGCGGCUCUUCUUCAGGAAGGAAAUCUUCACUCCUUGGCACAACCCGAAUGAGGACAAUGUGGCCACCAAUCUCAUUUACCAACAGAUCGUGCGAGGGGUGAAGUUUGGCGAGUACCGGUGUGACAAGGAAGAAGAUCUGGCAGAACUGGCUUCCCAGCAGUACUAUGUGGACUAUGGGUCAGAGAUGGUACUGGAAAGGCUGCUAAAUCUAAUUCCAUCCUACAUCCCGGACAGAGAGAUCACAGCUUCGAAAACUGUGGAAAAAUGGGCUCAGCUCAUUAUAGCCGCUCAUAAAAAGGGAAUUUAUACUCAGAAGAGGACAGACCCCAAGAAAGUCAAGGAAGAGGUAGUGGAUUUUGCACGUUUCAAGUGGCCUUUGCUGUUUUCUCGGUUUUAUGAAGCCUUCAAAUUCUCAGGGCCAAGCCUGCCUAAAAACGAUGUGAUCGUAGCCGUCAACUGGACAGGGGUGUACUUUGUAGAUGAGCAGGAGCAGGUUCUCUUAGAGCUCUCUUUCCCAGAGAUCACGGCUGUGUCAAGUAGUAGAGGGGGAAAGCUGCAAGGGCAGAGUUUCACCUUGGCCACCAUUAAAGGCGAUGAAUACACUUUCACCUCCAACAAUGCAGAGGAUAUCCGGGACCUGGUGGUGACUUUCCUUGAAGGACUAAGGAAAAGAUCCAAGUAUGUGGUCACUCUCCAAGAUAACCCAAACCCUGUGGGAGAAGAAUCUGGGUUUCUCAGCUUCCUCAAAGGAGACCUCAUAGUUCUGGACCAGGACACGGGAGAAAAUGUGAUGAACUCGGGGUGGGCUAACGGGUUCAAUGAACGAACCAAGCAGAGAGGAGAUUUCCCAACGGAUUCUGUCUAUGUCUUGCCUACAGUCACCAUGCCUCCACUGGAGAUCGUGGCACUGGUCACGAUGACCCCAGAUCAACGACAAGAUGUUAUCAGAACCUCUCAGCUGGCAAUCUCUGACAGUGAAGAGAGGGUGAAGCCAUACACCUUGGAGGAAUUCUCCUAUGAUUAUUUUAGGCCACCUCCCAAGCACACCCUCAGCCGAGUCAUGAUCACUAAGAGCCGUGGGAAGGACAAACUGUGGUGUUACACCCGUGAGCCCAUCAAACAGCCAUUGCUGAAGAAGAUCCUUGGCAGCGAGGAGCUCUCCCAAGAAGCCUGCAUGGCCUUCAUUGCAGUGCUGAAGUAUAUGGGUGACUACCCAUCCAAAAGGACUCGCUCAGUCAAUGAGCUGACGGACCAAAUAUUUGAAGGUGCCUUGAAAGCCGAACCCCUGAAGGAUGAAAUCUACUGUCAGACCCUCAAGCAGCUCACGGACAACCACAUCAAGUACAGUGAAGAGAAAGGCUGGGAGCUGUUGUGGUUGUGUACAGGCCUUUUCCCUCCUAGUAACAUCCUCCUGCCCCAUGUCCAGAGGUUCCUGCAGUCCCGGAAACAUCACCCCUUGGCGACAGACUGCAUCCAGAGACUCCAGAAAGCCCUGAGGAAUGGAUCCAGGAAGUACCCGCCCCAUCUGGUAGAAGUGGAAGCCAUUCAACACAAAACCACCCAAAUUUUCCACAAAGUUUACUUCCCUGAUGACACCGAUGAGGCGUUUGAGGUGGAGUCCAGCACGAAAGCCAAGGACUUCUGCCAGAACAUCUCCAACAGGCUUCUCCUAAAGUCCUCUGAGGGCUUCAGCCUCUUCGUCAAAAUCUCUGACAAGGUCAUCAGUGUGCCCGAGGGAGACUUCUUCUUUGACUUUGUGAGACACCUGACGGACUGGAUAAAGAAAGCAAGACCAGCAAAAGAUGGUAUAGUGCCUUCCCUCACCUACCAAGUGUUCUUCAUGAAGAAGCUGUGGACCAACACAACGCCUGGAAAGGAUUCGAUGGCAGACUCAAUCUUCCACUACUACCAGGAGUUACCAAAGUACCUGCGUGGCUACCACAAGUGCACACGGGAAGAGGUCCUGCAGUUGGCAGCUCUCAUCUACCGGGUGAAGUUUGAGGACGACAAGUCCUAUUUCCCCAGCAUCCCUAAGCUCCUGAAGGAGCUGGUGCCUCAGGACCUCAUCCGGCAGCUCUCUCCAGACGACUGGAAAAGGUCCAUCGUGGCAUACUACAAUAAGCACGCGGGCAAAACAAGAGAAGAAGCCAAGCUUGCCUUCCUAAAGAUUGUCUUCAAGUGGCCUACGUUUGGAUCAGCAUUCUUUGAAGUGAAGCAAACUACAGAGCCAAAUUAUCCAGAAAUCCUUCUAAUUGCCAUCAACAAGCAUGGAGUCAGCCUCAUUGAUCCCAAAACCAAGGAUAUUCUCAUCACUCACCCCUUCACCAAGAUCUCCAACUGGAGCAGUGGCAACACAUACUUCCACAUAACCAUUGGCAACCUGGUGAGAGGAAGCAAGCUGCUCUGUGAGACCUCCCUGGGCUACAAGAUGGAUGAUCUUUUGACCUCGUACAUCAGCCAGAUGCUAACAGCCAUGAGCAAACAGAGGAGUGCAAAGGGUAGCAAGUGA